AUGAUAUGGGCAGGAGAUUUCAAUCGACAUCAUUUCAUGUGGGACGAGGAGCGGAAUCAUCACCUAUUCACAAGAGAAGCACUGUCUCAGUCCCAACCCCUCUUAGACAACAUCACAGCCUUCGACCUCACAAUGCUCCUCCCUCAAGGUACCCCUACCCUAGAAGCUGCAUUGACGAAGAAUUACACUCAGCCAGAUAAUGUCUUCGCUUCCCCAGACAUCACCAACAAACUCCUCUCCUGUGACACAGCCCCAGCCCUCCGCCCACCUUACACGGACCACAUCCCAAUUGCCCUCACACUCGACAUCGCGAUACACCCAGCUCAUGAGGCCCUGCGCUGCAACUUCCGAGAUGUAGACUGGAACAUUUUCCGCACCUGCCUCAAGAGGAACCUCAACUCAUACAUGCUAGGGGAAGGUGAACUGACCACCACAGAGCAGUUCAACAUAGUGCUCAAGUCUGUCUCCGAUGCCAUUUCCGAGACCAUCAAGACAACGGUUCCCAUAUCUAGACCAACCCCUUUCACAAAAUGCUGGUGGUCGAAAGACCUUGCCAAGUCCCGACGAGCCCUGCAACGCCUGGCCAGAGCAUCCCACCGCCUCUGUCACAUUCCCGACCAUCCAUCUCAUGCUGAAUACCGCAAGGUGCACAACCAUUAUGGCGAUGAGAUCAAGUUAGCAAAGCAAGACCACUGGGAGGCCUGGUUGGAGUCCUCUGACCCAGAUUCCAUAUGGACUAUCAACCGGUUCACUGCAGCUGGCCCCACAGAUGGCAGUCGCCCCCGUGUUCCUCCACUCAAGGACGGAAACUCCCCACUGGCCGAAGACAAUGAGGCGAAGAGCGCAAUUUUGUACAGGGCCUUCUUCCCUGCAUCAGGUGAUCCCCCUCUACUACAUGCUAAACCCAAGUACUGCAAGCCUGCCUUUAGGUUCAUGUUCAUCACCAAUGCUCAGAUCGAGGCAGUCAUCAAGAGACUCAAACAACUCAAAGCCCCCGGCCCUGAUGAGGCACCCAAUGAGGUCUACAAACAUUGCAUUGCCUUACUGCUCCCACACCUAGGUCACCUCUUCUGA